AUGGACCAAUCACCAGACGACAAACGAAGCCUCUCCAGAGCUUCAAACCGAUAUUUCCCCUACCCAACGAACAAACCCAAAGGAAUCCGAUCACCAAAACCCCAAGUACCCCUGAAACCCAUCGAGUGGAUGUUCAACAACCCCACAGACAAUUUUGAACAACGCUUUACACCACUGCCAAUCUCUAGCUUUCAGAUUCCCCAGAACCCACUUGGAGACCCACCCAUUAUUGGAAUCACAAACAACUUCGAAUCCAGAGGAAUCACCCCAAUCCAUACGCCGAAACCUGACCAUGGCAAAGGAAGAAUGCCGAACGACUUUGCAGACCCCUCCUCAAAACCCUCUGGAAGCGAACCUCCUGGAUAUGGACCACCCACAAUUGGCACUACCUAUACUGAACGACCCCAAGAACCCAAAGAACUCCGGAUCAAUUGUAAACUCUAUCUGGAAAUCAAUGAAGGAGUUUACGACACUGACAAGAAGAUGAUCGGCUACAUUCUUGGUCUCAUGACCAAACAGGAAGCCCACGUCUGGUCAAACCAAUACAUCAAGGCCCGCACUCACGCAGGCCAACUCUAUUUCGAUACCUAUGCUAUUUUCAUGCAGCUUCUUGAAGAAGCUUUUACCACCCAAGACGCCCCCAGAGAAGCCCUCCAACAGUUGAAGAAGAUACAGAUGGACAAGAAGCACACUGAAGACCACAAUGCCGAGUUCAAGACACUCAUCAAACGAUCUACUCUCACAGACCCCAUUGCUAUCACUGACCUUUACAGAGACUCCCUUUCAAACAAGGUCCUUAGCCUGAUCAUCAAUUCUGGAAAUAUUCCAAGGAACAUCAAUGAUUGGUACAAGCAAGCAGUAGAAGUAGACAUCAACAACUGA